AUGGACAAGGCCAAGGCGAAAAGGUUGAAUCAGAUGCAGAGGGAGAAAAGGGAUGCUAAGCGGUUGAACCACAAUGGGAACCAAGAGGAUAAGGAGCGGAAAGUGGAGAAGGCGGGCAGCGACCGACCGUACAGGAAGGCUCUCAGUUUACGUCCGUCAAUCUACGAAGUUCCCAUCGAAGAAAAGAACGUGUACGUCAAGGAGAUCGUCGAAUUGCUUCAAUACCUCACAGAAGUACUUGCCAUGAAUCCCAGUGUCGAAGCAACUGAUGGCUCAGGACUUCGAAGUCUGUAUUACUUCUUACAAUAUGUCUCAUCGAAAAGGACUGUCCGGGACGUACGAUAA